AUGCCGAAGAGGAGACAGUGCACUCUUUCAAACACCUGCGUCAAAAGGAAGAAAUUACAACGAGCCCGUAAAUCUGCUGAAGCCACAGGAUGGUUCUUUUGUCAUGGCCUUGGCGAGACCAGCCUGCGCGGACCCGUCAGCUCUGGUUCUGCACAGCCUACUGGAGAUGCCAACGUGGGUCUGAACUCUGCAUCCUACAGACUCAACAUCCCGAGCUAUGCACCGACCUCUGACCUCCAGCGUGGGCUAAUAGACAGAGAAGUCGGUGGGCCAGAGCUCUGGAACCACCUGCUGUCAGAGCUCAACGCCUUGAGGCAGCUCGGCAGAGAAAGCAGCGGGCCAGAGCUCUUGAAACACCUGCUGCCACAGCACAACACCAUGACAGAGACCAACACCAACAUAAUGACCGAAGUGCCUCCCACUGACAUCCAUAAGCUGUCUGUGAGUCAAGAGGAGCCUCAUGAGCAGCAGGAGUGGAGCCACAUCCUGAAUCAAGAGCAAGAUCCACAUCCAGAGAUUGAAGUCAUGAUAGGGGAACGCUCUGAACCCGAGGCUGAAGACUGCAACAAUGUGAAGUUGUUCACUUGUUCUAAGUGUGGCAAAAGAUAUAAAUAUAAAAGUACUCUGACAAAUCAUUUGAAAACUCACACAGAAGAGAGACUCUUCGGCUGCCCUGAGUGUGGCAAAAGAUAUAAAUAUAAUAGUACUCUGGCAGAUCAUUUGAAAACUCACACAGGAGAGAAACUCUUUGGCUGCCCCGAGUGUGGCAAAAGAUAUAAAAAUAGAAGUAAUCUGACAUAUCAUUUGAAAACUCACAGAGGAGAGAAACUCUUCAGCUGCCCUGAGUGUGGCGAGAGCUAUCCACGUACAUCAGCUGACAGAAUAUUUGAGAAUUCACACAGGCAGUAGACCCUUCAGUUGCUCUGUGUGUGGUAAAGAGUUUAUCUGAAAGGAAAACCUGACCCAGCAUAUUUUAGUCCACAUAAGCGAAAAACCCUUUAGUUGCUCUGAGAGUGAUAAAAAAUUCACAGUUAAAGGAGGUCUGAGAAAACAUAUGAGGAUUCACAUGGCAGAGAAACCCUUCAGUUGCUCUGAGUGCGAUAAAGCUUUUUAUAUGUAAAGAAAAUCUAAUGAGUCACAUGAUUGAGGGACAUUUUCAACCAGAGAUUGAGGUUAUCAUAGAGGACUCUAAACCUGAAACUGAAGACUGUAUUGAUGAUUGCUAGGGUAUCAGACUGACUGCCACCUCUUUCCUAAUUACAACAAAAAGUUGCCCUAAUUAUCUUCACAAUGAGUCACAUGUGUUUAGGGAAAAAAUCAGCAAUAAGUAUGUAAAGACAUUUAAAUGUUUGUCUUGUUACAUCAAAUAUGCCAAAAUGUUACAUUUUUUAGGCAUACAUUUUAGCCACACCAGAUUUAUUCACAGUUCUUCUCACAGUGCAUCUAAAACUUUGUUAAUAGUCUUUUCAACACAAAAUUAUCAAAAUGCAUGCAUACAAGUUAAAGGCCAAUGAGAAAAUAGACAAAAUACCACAGAAAAAGUUUUUGUAUCAAAUGGGUUGUCCUGUUUUCUGAUAUUUUGGUACCUUAUGAUAUAACGAGUUUUAAAACUGUAUUAUUGUCACGGUGGUUAUCGUAAUCAGUGAAAGAACCCAAAAAUACCAGAGUAAAGACAUGUAAAAGUAUCUUUGGUUGUUGUAUAGUCAUAGAAAUCAGGCAUGGUUUUAAAAUUCCUAAGGCACACCUUGGCUUGACUCAUUUGACACUCACAUUGGCUACCUGUUUCUUUUAGAAUAGAUUUUAAGAUUCUUUUACUGGUUUUUAAAGCUCUUAAUGGUCUUGGCCCUUCUUAUUUAUCUGAUUUGCUUUUACUAUGCAAGCCCAGUAGAGACCCUCAGGUCUUCAGGAAGUUCUCUGUUAAUAGUACCCAAAGGUAGAACUAAAACCUACAGUGAGACAUCUUUUCAUUUCUACGGUCCCUGUCUUUGGAACAGCUUACCUGAAGAUCUGAGGGCCGCACCCAAUGUUAACGUUUAUAAAAGCAAACUCAAGACCUACCUUUUUAGUCUGGCUUUUAAGUAACAUUAUCUUAAUUUUGUUUGUGUUUUAGGUUUUAUCCCACUCUAUUUUAAUUUCAGGAUUGCCUUUAGUAGUUAAUUCUCUGAUCAUAAUUUUACCAAGUUCUCAUCUUGUGUUUUGUACUUAUUUUAGACAGUUUUAUUGAUCAUAUUUGAAUGAUUUAUUCUUAUUUUAGUAUCCUCUUAUUCUGUUUUUGGGCCAUUAUCUUGCUGCAUGA